AUGUCGACACGCUUGAGGGAACUCAUUCGUGAGGUUCGUAAUUGCAAAACAGCAGCCGAGGAAAGAUCUGUGAUCGCGAAAGAAUGUGCUGCCAUUAGAACCGCUUUGAAAGAACAACAUCCGUAUAGGGCUAGAAAUGCUGCAAAAUUAAUGUACAUUCACAUGUUGGGCUAUCCGACAAAUUUUGGACAGAUUGAAUGUGUAAAUUUAAUUUCUAGUUCAAAGUAUCCAGAGAAGAGAAUUGGUUACUUGUCACUGAUGAUUCUUUUGGAUGAAAAUCAGGAGGUUUUGACUUUGACUGAACACCGAUUUAAAGUUGACUUGAACGACAACAAUCAAUUCGUUCAAGCAUUGGCUCUUACAGCCAUCGGUAAUAUUGCCUCUGCAGAUAUUUGUCGUGAUUUGAGUGUUGAAGUUGAAAAGUUGCUCAUUGGCUCUCCUUCUUUCAUAAGAAAAAAAGCUGCACAAUGUGCUGUCAGAAUUGUAACUAAAUGUCCUGAUUUGAUUGAAAAUUAUAUUGAAAAGAUUGACAUUAUUUUGGAGAAUGAACAACACCAAAGAAGUCACUCAGCCAUGCUUGGUAUUAUCACUUUAAUUUUGGCCAUUCUGGCUCCAACAAAAGGAGGAAAUAAUGAAGUCAAGGAUAGACGAAGUUAUUUACUUCAUUUUAGAAAGCACGUGCCAGUUUUUGUCAGACUACUUAAUGCUCUCUUAAAUAGUAAUAGUACUUCUGAGUAUGAUGUGAACGGAGUUGCAGAUCCAUUUUUGCAAGCAAAACUUUUACGUUUGUUGAGAGUUUUGGGUAAAGGAAGUGCCAAAGCAAGUGAACAAAUGACUGAAGUGCUCACCAAGACCAUUACGAACACAGACAAGUCAAAGAAUACAGGAAACGCCGUAAUUUAUGAAUGUGUGAAAACCAUUAUGGACAUUGAUUGUGAUCAAACUUUGAGAAAUAUGGCUAUCAGUCAAUUAGGAUCCUUCCUAGGUAACAAGAAGGAUAAUAAUUUGAGAUAUGUUGCACUUCACACAAUGAAGAAAGUUUCCACAUUGGAUUCACAAGCUGUUAGCAGACAACUAGCAACAGUAGUUGAAUGUUUAAAGGAUCAUGACAUUUCGAUUAGAAAGAGAGCUCUCGAUUUGGUUUAUGUGAUUGUUGAUAGUUCCAACGUUGUUUAUCUCGUUCAAGAAUUGAUUCAACAUUUGGAAGUUUCUCCUCCUGAAUUUAAACCAGAGCUCACAACCAAACUUUGUACCAUUAUUGAAGCUCAUGCUCCAUCCAAAGAGUGGAAAAUUUCUACACUCUUGCAGGUGAUUAUUUUGUCUGCACAAUUUGUCAGAGACGAAAUUGCUUCAAUUUUCAUUGGUAUGCUCACACAAUCUCCAGAAAGUCAAAUGGAAAUUACCAAAAAGCUGUUUGAAGUGUUGAAAGAACUCAUUCCAAAACCAAACAUUCUUCUCAAGCAAGAAAUUUUAAUGCAAGUAGCAUCAUGGUGCUUAGGUGAAUAUGGAGACUUGAUUAUUGACAGCGAGACAACUGAUAGUGACAUUGUUAAUUUACUUUUCAGUUUGAUGUCCAUUUUGCCAAGAGGCUCUGUGAGCAAUGUGAAAGGACGAAGAGUUCUUGCGACUGACCCCAACAAUGUUAUUAGAGCUUAUGUAUUGACUGCAUUGCUUAAAUUAACCAAAUCUUUCCCUUCAAAGAAGGCGGAAAUUGAACAAUUUGUGGCAAAAUAUACAGACAGUGUACAUCUUGAUCUCCAGCAACGAGCCUGUGAACUACUCAAAAUUUCCACAUUAGGCGACUCUAUUAAGGAAAAUGUUUUGGAUAAGAUGCCAGAAUUUCAAAUUGAUUCCAUCAUUGGCCAACUAUCAAAAGAAGCUGAAGAAAAAGAAGAUACUGAAGGAAAAGAAGAAGAAGGAGAGCAUCAACAACAACCUGUUGUGGGUAGAGGAAUUUCAGAAUUGCUCAUCGACAUUCAAAAUGGCUCUUCUCAACCUGCUACCAAAGAAAGCAAGUUGAUUGAUUUCUUUGCUCCGUCACAUGAAAAUUCAACAGUUACUACUACUACUACUACUACUCCUUCUGUGAAUACUAAAAAGAUUGAUAGCACUACCACCACUCCACCAAAGAGUUCAACAGCAAGUGAGAAUAUUCUUGACAUGUUUUCUUCCACAACGUCGAACACCAAUAACUCUUCUGUAUCAUCGACAUUAUUACUUUUUGGGGAAACUACUACUCCUUCAACAGCAACACAUACCAAACCAACAACACCAUCAGAUUCACACCUUCUGCUUGAUGAUGUUCUUUCUGCUCCAACUCUUCCUCUUGAAGCACUUGUUCCACAAAAAGAAAAGAAAGUGGUACAAGUUUACAACAAGAAUAAUUUUAAUGUGAGAUUUGAAUUUAAGGAAUUGGAACCAAACACUCUCAAUGUAAUUGCCUAUUUUUCAAACAACAACUCAAAAGAGGCCAUGGGACUUGAUUUCAAGGUAGCAGCUCCAAAAUAUGCUGAGGUGACACUCUUCAAAGCCACUGCCACUUCUGUUUUGCCAAACACCACUGACAGUGUCACUCAAAAGUUCAAGAUAAAAGUUGUUGGACAAAAACCAAUCACUGAUAACCAAAUUCCAGUCAAGUAUAAGCUCAUUUGUAAGAUUGGUGAUAAAGUACUGGAUGAAACUGGUACUGUGAAGCUUUAA